CUUUCGAUUUUGUCUUCGUGCCCUUGUUCUCCCCAAGUCCAUCAACCACCAACCUUGAUACCCUCCUUCUCUUUCUGCAACGCAGUCAACAAAUCAGUCAAAAUGCUUAUUUACUCUGAUAUCCUCACCGGCGACGAGAUCAUCUCGGACUCCUACGACCUCAAGGAGGUCGAUGGCAUCGCCUAUGAGGCCGACUGCGCCAUGAUUGAGGAGGGCGCCGUCAACGUCGACAUUGGUGCCAACGCCUCCGCCGAGGAGCAGGACGAGGCCCUCGAGGAUACUUCCGUCAAGGUCAACAACAUUGUCCACUCUUUCCGUCUCCAGAGCACCCAGUUCGACAAGAAGGGCUACCUCGUCUACCUUAAGGGCUACAUGAAGGCCGUCAAGGCCGCCCUCCAGGAGCAGGGCAAGUCCGCUGAGGAGAUCAAGGACUUCGAGACCAAGGCCGGCGCCUUCGCCAAGAACGUCAUCCUCGCCAAGUUCAAGGACUGGGAGUUCUACACCGGCGAGUCCAUGAACCCCGACGGCAUGGUUGUCCUCCUCAACUACCGCGAGGACGGCACCACCCCUUACGUCGUCGUCUGGAAGCACGGCCUCAAGGAGACCAAGGUCUAAAUUACGCGUUUGAUGUUUCUUCUAGCGGCGCAAUUUGGAUCGUGGAUCGGGCCUGUGGUUUUCGGGAAAAAAAAAAUAAACAAAAAAGUUCUGAAACGAUAUCCCCCCCAAAUUUCUUCUUCUUCUCGAGUUAUGAUAUUGAACCAUACGUACCAAAACAUGAUUUGAUGACCUCUGAAAGUAUCCUAAAUACGCUUUUCGUACCAACUGUGGCAUCUUCGUAGUUUGGAUAGAUAAACGCGCUACCUACCGGCUGUUGGCAAAACCGGUCAGCCCUCACGAGACAAUCACGCCUCCAGAUCACCCUCGAUCUCGCCUAAAACGUUUGAUAACGGACAUGCCACUGAGAUUAUACACUACAACACGAUAAGAUGCCCGUCCUCAGCGGAGCCAUUUUCCCUGUCCU